AUGCAAUUGAUAUUUGACAAAUCAGGCUUCUUAUACAUAUUGACAGAAAGAGGGGAGAAGUUUAAUAUCACCAAGCCAAAUGAGGGGAUCUCAACUGAUGGCUUUUACUACAAAGCAACAAUCAAUUAUGAUGGAGUUUUUACCAUAUCGCAAUACCCUAAAGAUCCAAAAGAUGGACAAAGAUGGGUCACUAUAAGGACAAUACCAGAAAACAUUUGUUUGAAUUCUACCUUCACAAAUGGUGAAGGUGUUUGUGGGUUUAAUAGCAUAUGCACCAUUAAAGAUGACCAAAGGCCAACAUGUAAUUGCCCAGAGGGAUACUCUCUUAUUGAUUCAUAUAACGUGUAUGGUGGUUGCAUACCGAAUUUCCAAGUCAUCUGUCAAGAAGGUGGGCAUCAAUAUCCACAAGAUGAUCAGUACAUAAUGAAGGAAUUAACAAACACUGAUUGGCCUAGAUCUGAUUAUGAAACAUUAAGUCCUUCUAGUCUACAAGAAUGCAAAAAAUCUUGUUUGCAAGAUUGCUUGUGUGUGUUAGUUACUUUCAAUGGAAGUUCUUGUUGGAAAAAGAAGCUCCCACUCACAAAUGGGAGAAAAGAUCAGGGAGUAAAUGGAACUUCAGUCAUGAAAUUGAUGAAAUACAAUAUUUCUCUGGCCUCUUUACCAAACUUACAUGCGAAGAAAGAUCAUGAUACUUUAAUCAUUGUGGUAUCAGUUCUUUUGGGUGGCUCCGUCUUUGUUAUUUUAACAUUAGUUGGUGCAAUAUGUUUUGGUUUCUCUUGGAAUCGCAAGAAAAUGACAAGUAAUAGAACCAAAAAAAGUUUUGUUGAUAGAAAUUUGCGCAACUUUACCUUCAAGGAACUUGUAGAAGCAACAGGUAACUUCAGAGAAGAAUUAGGAAGGGGAUCUUUUAGCAUUGUCUACAAAGGAAUAAUAGAGAUGACUAAUGUGGCUGUUAAGAAAUUAGAUAAGUUUGUUCGAGAUAAUGAUAAGGAAUUUCAAACAGAAGUGAACGUGAUAGGCCAAACUCAUCACAGGAACCUAGUUCGUUUGCUUGGAUAUUGCAAUGAAGGACAACAUCGGAUUCUGGUAUAUGAGUUUAUGAGCAAUGGAACUUCAGCAAGCUUCCUUUUCACCCCUUUGAAACCAAAUUAAUCAAGAGUCCACAUUGCUCUUGGAAUUGCAAGAGGUCUUGUUUACUUGCAUGAGGAAUGUUCCACCCAAAUCAUCCACUGUGACAUAAAGCCACAAAAUAUACUUCUUGAUGAUCAAUAUAAUGCCAAAAUUUCAGAUUUUGGGUUAGCAAAGCUAUUACUGAUUAAUCAAAGUCACACUGAAACCGGAAUUAGAGGAACAAAAGGGUAUGUUGCACCAGAAUGGUUUAGAAGUGCACCGGUCACAACUAAGGUUGACACAUACAGUUUUGGGGUAUUGCUACUAGAGAUCAUUUGUUGCAGGAAGAAUGUAGAAAAAGAGCUUGUUAAUGAAGAAAAGGGGAUAUUAACUGAUUGGGCAUAUGAUUGCUACAAAACCAAGAGACUAGAAAUGCUUCUUGAAAAUGAUUAUGAGGCUGUAAAUGAAUUGGUCAGCUUCGAAAAGAUUGUCAUGAUUGCCAUUUGGUGCACUCAAGAAGAUCCCUCUCUUAGGCCAACAAUGAAGAAGGUUUUGCUUAUGCUAGAAGGAAUUGUUGAAGUUUCUCUUCCCCCAAAUCCCUACUUUAAUGGUUCAAUAAGUCACAAUUGA